ACCGUUUUACCGCUGGAAUUUCCUCCCUUUUUGGCUCCAAAGGUCCCAGGAGCCUCCGCAGCCUCAGGCAGGUUUCAAUCCCGAGGGAUUUUCUGGAGAUCCUGCGGGUGCUGCUGGAAAACCAGGAAUGGGGCCCUGGAUCCGGAUGGUCCCCCUCCUCGCGUUCUCUGGACUCCACCCCACAACAGGGAGCGUCCAUGACCCGCUGCUCGUCCUGGAUGGAUUGGAAGACUCCGGAAUCCACCUCAAGUGCCUCUCGGAGCGGCUCUUUUCCGAAGUCAAGGUGUUGUGGAUGGAUGGGAAAGGCAGGAAUAUCACCGGGAGUGCCCUGAGCACGGACACAUCCGGGAAUGCCGGGAGCUCCAUCGUCCUCAAAGCGGGCUCUGGGAACGCCGUGUCCUGCAGGGUCGUCGACAGCCUCGGGAAAACAUCCACGGAAUCCUCCGUCGUCAUCGCGGAGAGUUUCUUCCCGACCGUCUCCCUCUGGCUCCCGGCUUUUGUGAUGCUCCUGCUCCUUGGGAUAUUCCUGCUCCUGGCAGCUGUUUAUAAACUCCGGAGCAACCAAAAGGCGACGGAUCAGGAAAAAAACGCCCAGAAGCAAAUUCAGGAGGACAUCGAGGAAUUCAAGAUGGAGCUGGAGGAAGUGCAGGAAAAAUUCCAGAAGGAAAACCAGGAGAUGACAACAAAAAUCGGUGAGAAAAUUCCACAGCUUGGGGAAUUUCGGGAAUUUUGGGUUUUUGGGGCUCCGGAAAAAAAAGCACUUUCGGGGGAAAAUUGGGGCCGCUUUGAGGGCUGGGGCUGGUGACACACCUGGGACAGGUGACACACCUGGGACAGGUGACACUG